UUUUGUUAUGAUCAGUGUUGUGAAACUGCUCACUGCACCUUCAUUUUUUUUUUUUGAAAUAAUUGUCCGGCAGUUUUUAAUGAGUCGCCUGUAAUCCUUAAAUAUCUAUCCAACCUUCUCUGCCCGCACCUUCAUUCCUGCUCCUAAUUUUCCCUAAACCCUAAUUCUCUCUCAGUUCAUUUCUUCCUUCGUACAUUUUCCUCCAAAAGUUCACCCCAAUCAUUUUCCUCCAAGCCCCUUCUCGCACCAUCUUCUUGUUGGUCUUCUCCUACGUUGUAUUCGUCGUCGAGGCGUUAUGGCUGUGUAGGUGGUGUUCGCUCUCGGAAUUCCUCACAUCUGCGUAGGCUGUGACAUUGCAUGAGCGAUGCAAAGUUUUCAAGGGUGAAAGCACUGAUUCAUCUCAAUUGCUAUUUUCCUCGCAAGCAACCAAGACAAAAAGAAAAGUGACUUUAGAGUGAUCAUUUGUGUUAUUAAAAGCUCUUGUCGGAGAGUCUCCUAAUAUUGUAGCUAAGGUACGGACGAAGCGUAGAAAGUUGAAAUGAAGAGAGUCAAGUGAAGUCUCCUCCCAUCAGUUCAACUCAUUUCUUACGACCAAUUCCUUUCCUUUGCAUUUUUGUUUGCUACUCUGAUCAUCACUUGUUUUUGUGUUGAGAUCAUGGCAUUAGCUGUGGUAGGUGGUGCGCUCCUCUCUGCUUUCUUUGACGUUCUUUUCGACAGGCUUGCCUCCCCUGAGGUUCUCAACUUUAUCCGAGGAAGGAAGCCUGACAAGUUGCUUCAAAAGGUGAAAACCCAGCUCAUAGUUGUCAGAGUUGUGCUUGCUGAUGCUGAGAAGAGACAAAUCACAGACUCCAAUGUCAAAGAGUGGCUCGAUCUUCUCAGAGAUGUUGUCUAUGAGGUUGAUGACUUACUUGAUGAAAUUUCUACUAAAGCUGCUACUCAAAAGGAGGUAAGCAAUUCAUUUUCUCACCUUUUCAAAACGAAGAAGAUUGUUAGUAUUACUAAGUUGGAAGACAUAGUUGAAAGAUUAGAUGACAUUUUAAAACAAAAAGAGAAUCUUGAUUUGAAGGAGAUUCCCGUGGAGAGCUACCAGCCAUGGAAAGCUCAGCCAACAUCUUUGGAAGAUGGAUAUGCUAUGUAUGGUAGAGAUAAAGAUAAGGAUGCCAUAAUGAAGAUGGUUUUAGAGGAUAGCACCAAUGGUGAAACAGUGUCUGUGAUCCCUAUUGUAGGCAUGGGUGGGGUUGGAAAACCCACUUUGGCAAGAUCUGUGUUCAACGAUGGCAAAUUUUGAUUGCAUGAUUGAAAUGAAUUAGAGGACUACGGUCUGCGUUGCAUCAUAUCAUUCUUGUUCUUUGGAUAAACCAGUUUAGUCCAUCAAUUUUGAAUAUCUUGGAUUGAUGUUUAACCAGUUCAGUUCUUGUUUUGAAUCAUAUAUAAUCUGAAUCUGGUUCACUGUCCAUGACCAUUUGCAUUUGCUAGAUUUUGGUGUGACUCUGUGUGCAGAACUGCUUUAUGUUGAAUCAUUAGACAACAACAGCAGUACCUUGGCAGAAUCUUGGGAUGGGUGUCUCGGUUAUAAGAAGGCAGUAGCUAAGAACAAACUUUAAUUAGGGAAGUUGGUUUUUGUUUGUUUAAACUGUUCAUGUUUUACUUGUAAUUGAAAGCAUUGGGUGGUCCCUACUGAUUAUGGAUUGAUUUUACGGUGUAGUAUCACUUUGGGGGCAAUCAAUUGAGAGCAAAUAGGACAUUUUCCCAGCCUCAUCUGCACUAACCGAGAAAGUCAGCCAGCUUCUUGAUUUAGACCGAGAGAGGGUUGAAAGCCACAUUUGCUCACGUGAAAUAUCUGCAGAAGUGGACCAUCUUAGUGGGCAGCAGCAUUUGUGUUUAUAAUAGUUUGUUAUUGUUUUCUUCAUUUUGAUGUGUAAUAGGCUUUUGUGUUAGCUUUCUUUUAAUUUCAUUGUAAAAGGUCAUUCAAAGUCCAAGUGUUUUGGAAGAGUUCUUGGUGCUCUUUCAACUCUGGGCAAUGUUCCUUGUUUGAUUUGUGCUUGUGUUUAAAUUCUUGUUUCACGUGUUUAGGAGUGAUUUAGGCUAGAAGAGAUUAAACUCUAAGCCUUUGUCACAAUAGUUGUUCCCAAUCAGGUAUCUAGUCAUUUUGUUUGUCUUUAAUUGUUUGUGUGAUAGAGUCAUGUAUUUUGUUUAUAAAAGUAAUUUUACUUUAAGGGGUAUUUAGUUAGUAACAUAAGACAAUUUUGGCAAGGAAAGACUUGGUACUUAAGUAGUCUUUUUGGUUCAUCUUUUUUACCUGGAAUUUGUCUAAUUGUGAAACCUAUAAACUGUUUAGAUUAGAAAAACUUUUAGGAACAAAAGAUGUCAAGUAAUAGAAUUAGUGAACUUGAGAAGCAAAAUGCUCUUAGAUUCAUAAAAGAAGAACAAAAGAAAUAGAGAAACCAAGAGCUUUUAAGAGAACUCAUUCAAGAGGAUAAAUCAUUCAUUAAAAAUUUAAAUGGGUUUUCUCAUUGGGAAAGAGAGUUUAGAGACAAACUUAUGACGUUUUUGAAUGAGGGAAGUAAAAGAAGAAUUGAGAGAGAACAUAGAGAACUACAAGAAAGAAUAGAAAGAAAAGAGAGGAGAAAAUAGAGAAGAAUAGAAAAAGAGAGAAGAGAGCACGAGAGAAGAAGAGAGCAAGAGAGAAGAGGAAGAAGAAGAGAGCAAGAAAGGAGAGAAGAGGAAGCAAGAAGAGAAAAACAAGAAAAAGAAAAGAAAUGGAAGAAGAGAAGAACCUAAGGGCAACAUCUCCUCCUACACUCACAAUAGAACCUAGACUAUUAAGGGGAGGUUUUCUUUCUUUUCACUUUUCUCCAUUUAUUUUUGAAUUUCCAAAAUUUCACUUUUCUUCCAAAGAAUUUGUCAUUCCAUCUCUUCAAAAUUUGCAAUUUUCAUCAUGUGGCAUUUCAUAACUUGAGUUAUUGUUAUGGUUACCUUUAACUCAAGACAAAAUUAAACUUUUAAAUGAAGAAAGACUUCUUAAAUUUAUAAAAAUUGAACAUUUUAAUAUUAGGAAGCCUUUUUCUAAAUAUACAUUUCCAUGUAUCUUAUUGGGUCAAUUAAAACUAAUUGGAGAUAUGUUUGAUGCUUAUUGUAGAUUCACAUUUGAUGCAGGAGGAACUUAUAUGGAGCUUACAAUAAUAAGUUUUCAAGCAAACCAUUAGAAUCAGAUUUCAUGACAAAUCUUUUUCAAAGGAGAGGGAUGAUAGAUGGGACCCAAGCUCAAUUAUCUUAGUUUAGUAUUUUUUUUAUUUUUCUUAAAGUAUGUGUAAAAAGGGUUAGGAAUGUGAUAGAUAGGAAGUAAUUUUACUCUAUAUAUAUAUAAACAUGUCAACAGCUCUUAUAAGACGUUUUGAGAAUAUUGAAUUGCAUUUCUUUAUAAAUGACUCGAGAUUCAUUCUUGAAAGUCAGGGAUUCUUCCCGGCCACCUUCCAUUCACUCGCCAUCUUCAUUCUCCCAUUUACACUUCAAAUUAUCACUCCUUCAUAUCAACAUCUUUCCCUCAACCGGCGUAUGCACUUGGCACGCGUCAGUUAUCCUAUCAGCCACUUCACUUCUGCUUGCCCCGCAUCAGACCCCUCGCACCACAUCAUCAUUGCCUCUCACAUUCACUCUCACGCGAACCACUUCUUCAGAAUUCCAUUUCUCUCUCGAAACAACAACGCCCUUCUUAGGGUUUCUUCUCAAAGGAUCAUUCACCACACUGCCUUUUCUCCUCGAGACCCUCUUCACCGAACAUCAUCUUCAUCAACCAUUACAGAAACUUCAUCUUCUUCACGAUUUCGCACCGUAAGUUUUCCUCACCGAACCAUAUCUUCCAUUCUCACCGAUUAGAACCUCCUCUCCACAGAUUUGAAACCUUAUUCACCGAUCCUUCUCACAUUUGAACCGAUUAUUCGAUUCAUCCGUAGUUUUCCCCUUUUUCUAGGGUUGUCACCCAUUAAAUCUUCUUCUCCACCGUUCAAAUCCGCUUCCGCAUCAAACCCUAGGUUUUUAACCCAACAAACCUCCAAAUCUAGGGCUCACUGUUUGUCUUCUUAGUUCUUCAGCUAUUUUCGCUGCCCUAUUUGCUUCCUCUGCUUCUUUUUGCUGUGCAUCAAUGUCAAGGAUGUCUCGAGGAGUCCAAAUCGCUCAAGUUCUGUCUUCUCCUCGGAGCGUCGUCUAUCACAAUUUGUAUCUUGAUAUGACAGCUGAUAAUGCUAGACACCAGAACGUAAAACAGGAGAAGGGUACGGACGAAACGUAGAAAGUUGAAAUGAAGAGAGUCAAGUGAAGUCUCCUCCCAUCAGUUCAACUCAUUUCUUACGACCAAUUCCUUUCCUUUGCAUUUUUGUUUGCUACUCUGAUCAUCAAUCACUUGCUUUCUGUUGAGAUCAUGGCAUUAGCUGUGGUAGGUGGUGCGCUCCUCUCUGCUUUCUUUGACGUUCUUUUCGACAGGCUUGCCUCCCCUGAGGUUCUCAACUUUAUCCGAGGAAAGAAGCCUGACAAGUUGCUUCAAAAGGUGAAAACCCAGCUCAUAGUUGUCAGAGUUGUGCUUGCUGAUGCUGAGAAGAGACAGAUCACAGACUCCAAUGUCAAAGAGUGGCUCGCUCUUCUCAGAGAUGUUGUCUAUGAGGUUGAUGACUUACUUGAUGAAGUUUCUACUAAAGCUGCUAGUCAAAAGGAGGUAAGCAAUUCAUUUUCUCACCUUUUCAAAACGAAGAAGAUUGUUAGUAUUACUAAGUUGGAAGACAUAGUUGAAAGAUUAGAUGACAUUUUAAAACAAAAAGAGAAUCUUGAUUUGAAGGAGAUUCCCGUGGAGAGCUACCAGCCAUGGAAAGCUCAGCCAACAUCUUUGGAAGAUGGAUAUGCUAUGUAUGGUAGAGAUAAAGAUAAGGAUGCCAUAAUGAAGAUGGUGUUAGAGGAUAGCACCAAUGGUGAAACAGUGUCUGUGAUCCCUAUUGUAGGCAUGGGUGGGGUUGGAAAACCCACUUUGGCAAGAUCUGUGUUCAACGAUGGCAAAUUGAAGCAGAAAAUAUUUGAUUUAAAGGCAUGGGUUUGUGUUUCUGAUAUAUUUGAUAUUGUGAAGGUCACAAGAACUAUGAUAGAGGAAAUUACCCGAAAGCCUUGUAAAUUGAGUGAUCUAAAUGCUCUUCAACUUGAGCUGAUGGACGAACUGAAGGAUAAAAGAUUAUUGAUUGUCUUGGAUGAUGUUUGGAUCGAGGAUUGUGACAAUUGGAAUAGUCUUACAAAACCAUUUCUAAGCGGGAUUAGGGGCAGUAAAGUUCUGAUCACAACCCGCAAUGAAAAUGUAGCGGCUGCAGUGCCUUUUCAUACUGUUGAAGUAUAUCAUCUAAGCAAAUUGUCAAAUGAAGAUUGUUGGUUGGUAUUCGCAAACCAUGCAUUUCCUCCCUCAGAAGCCAGUGAGACUAGAGGAACUCUAAAAAAGAUUGGAAAGGAGAUUGUUAAAAGGUGCAAUGGGUUGCCGUUAGCGGCACAGUCACUUGGAGGAAUGUUGAGAAGAAAGCAGACUAUUAGAGAUUGGAAUAAUGUACUUCAAAGUGACAUUUGGGAACUUCCUGAAAAUCAGUGUAAAAUUAUUCCAGCACUCAGAAUCAGUUAUAAUUAUCUCCCUCCACAUUUAAAACGGUGUUUCGUUUAUUGCUCAUUGUACCCCAAAGAUUUUGAAUUUGAAAAAGAUGAACUGAUCCAGCUGUGGAUGGCUGAAGAUCUUGUAAAAGCAGCGAAAAAAGGAAAGACUUUAGAAGAAGUUGGUCAAGAGUAUUUUUAUGAUUUGGUUUCGAGAUUCUUUUUUCAAUCUUCAAGUCGGAGUGGGGGUGCUUACUUUGUAAUGCACGACCUCAUUCAUGAUCUAGCAACAUUUCUUGGUGGGGACUUCUAUUUCAGAACAGAUGAACUUGAGAAAGAAACCAAUAUCGACAGAAAGACUCGUCAUUUGUCAUUUACAAGAUUCAGUGAUCCAGUCUCGGAUAUUAAAGCUUUUGACACAGUAAAAUUUCCAAGAACUUUCUUGCUAAUCGAUUAUAAAGAUUCCCCAUUCAACAACGAAAAGGCACUGCAUAUUAUAGUGUCAAGGCUUAAGUACUUGAGAGUUUUAUCGCUUUGGAAAUUCCAAAGUCAACUUGCUCUGCCUGAUUCAGUUGGUGAAUUGAUACAUUUGCGUUAUCUAAAUCUCUCUCGUAUAAGUAUAGAAACUCUGCCGGAGUCACUAUGUAAUUUGUGCAAUCUACAAACUUUGAAGUUGUCUUAUUGCUCUGAGCUGACUAAGUUGCCUAGUUCCAUGCAGAAUCUUGUAAACUUGCGUCAUCUUGAAAUUUUUGGUACUCGCAUAAAAGAGAUGCCUAAAAGAAUGGGGAAACUAAAUCAAUUACGCACCUUGGAUUGUUAUGUUGUGGGCAAGCAUACAGAGAAUAGCAUCAAAGAACUGGGAGGACUUCCAAAUCUCCAUGGUACGUUUUAUGUUCAGAAAUUAGAGAAUGUUACCAAAGGCGAAGAAGCAUUAGAGGCCAGGAUAAUGGAUAAGAAUCAUAUUAGCAAUCUAUCCUUGGAAUGGUCUAUAGCUAACGACAAUAGCAUCGACUUCCAAGUUGAGUUAGAUGUACUCAGCAAGUUAGAACCUCACCAAGAUCUGGAAGCGUUGUCCAUAAUCGGUUAUAAAGGAACCAGAUUUCCGGAAUGGGUGGGGAAUUUUUCCUACCUCUACAUGACAAGUAUAGGUUUAUAUAAUUGUAACAACUGUUGCAUGCUUCCUUCACUUGGGCAACUACCGUCUCUCCGUAACCUUUUUAUUUCAAACAUGAAUUCGGUGAAGACUAUUGAUGCAGGCUUUUAUAAGAAGGAUGAUUGUUCAUCUGUGACGCCCUUUCCAUCCCUUGAAUCUCUACACAUUUCUAAUAUGCCUUGUUGGGAGGUGUGGAAUUCUUUUGAUUCAGAAGCUUUUCCUGUGCUCAAGAAUCUGUAUAUAGAAAAGUGCCCCAAACUAAAGGGAGAUCUGCCAAAUCACCUUCCUGCUCUGCAAACACUCGAGAUUAGAAAUUGCGAGCUUCUUGUCUCUUCUGUCCCAGGGCCUCUCACCCUUCGGACACUAGAGAUACGUAAAUGCAAGAAAGUAGCGUUUCGUGAGUUUCCUCUUUUGGUGGAAAGUAUAAAAGUAGAAGGAGGCCCAAUGGUGGAGUCCAUGAUGGAGGCCAUCUCUAACAUCCAACCUACUUGCCUGCAAUCUUUGAAAUUACAAAAUUGUUCGUCAGACAUAUCUUUUAGAGGUGGUCGUCUUCCUGCAUCUUUGAAAACUCUUGAUAUCAGAGGUAUAAACAAACUGAAAUUCCCGUUGCAACACAAACACGAAUUACUGGAAUCACUUUCAAUAAAUAAUAGUGAUGAUUCGCUCACGUCUCUUCCAUUGGCUAUCUUCCCAAAUCUCACUAGUCUUCGAAUCACAAACUGUGAAAAUAUGGAAUCACUUUUGGUCUCAGGGUCAGAGAUUUCGAAGAGACUGAACACUUUUGCGAUUGACCACUGUCCCAACUUUGUAUCAUUCCCGGGAGAAGGAUUGUGUAUGCCCAAUUUGACUAGCUUCACUGUUUGUAAUUGUGACAAGUUGAAGUCGUUGCCCGAUCAGAUGGGAACUCUUGUCCCAAAGAUGGAAUAUCUUUCAAUUUCCAACUGUCAACAAAUUGAGUCAUUCCCUGGAGGAGGUAUGCCACCUAACUUGAGAACAGUUUUUAUUGAAAAUUGUGUGAAACUACUGAGCAACCAAGCAUGGGUAUGCAUGGACAUGGUUACCUCUCUCAGUGUGUGGGGUCCAUGUGAUGGCAUCAAAUCCUUUCCAAAGGAGAGUUUGCUGCCUCCCUCCCUUGUGUCUCUGGAUCUAUUUGAUUUGUCUAGUCUGGAAACGUUGGAUUGCAAGGGCCUUCUCCAUCUCACAUCACUCCAACAAUUAAACAUUGAAAGGUGUCAAAAGCUGGAGAAUAUUGCGGGAGAAAAGCUGCCUCUCUCUCUAAUAGAAUUAACGAUAUAUAAAUGUCCCUUGCUGAAACAACGAUGCCACAAAAAGGACCGUCAAAUUUGGCCUAAAAUCUGCCACGUCCGUGGGAUAAACAUUGAAGGUAGAUGGAUUUAACUAGUAUGGAUGAUGAGAAGACAUGCUGUAUUGGCUUGGAGAAACUGCAGCUGUCCAUUGUAAUGUACUGCCCUCUACGAGGUCAUCACUUUUGUGUUUCACUUAUGGAUUCGAGUUGAAUAUAUCUGAAAGCUAUAUCGCAUAUGGAUUGAGUUCUGGCAAGUAAAUUCUGUCUUUAACGCCAAUUCAGAGGACAUAUAUUUAUGGAAGUCAAAUAAAUUUUAGAAUGAAAUUCAAGCUCAGUUUAAUCAUGGCCAUGAAUUUCUUUUCUUUUCAGGAUACAUACUUGUAACCAGCCAAACAGUUCAACCUUGCAUAAUUUUUUCAUAGUAGAAUAGUAAGCAUCAAGUAGUGUGCUGAGCUUCAUAUUAUAUUCGUAGCCAAAGGCCCGUGAACCAACUUAUCAAUUGCACCUCAGGUGAUUUGAAAUGAUAAUAAAUUACAGUUGCCGUCUAUUAGCUCUAGGAGAAUUUCCAAAGAAAGAAUUGUAAUUAACAGGGAAAUAAAGAAAAAGACAAAAAAUUGGACAGUGCUCUUUUCACAUUUUUAUAUUUUAUUCUUCUUCCUAUGUAUAACAUCAAUUUUGUAACUUAUGUAUAUAUCAUAUAGGUUCUAUUAAAGGAAGUCAUUGUAAUUUGAAUGACUCUACGAAGGUGGACUAAAACUUCUCACA